CAGUAACAUGGAGUCUCCUUGCCUAUAAAUUGGAAAGCAGAGAACUCACUGCAAGUAUCAUCAGUUUGCAACUUAGCAAUUAACACAGUGUUAUUGUUGAAAUCAUAUAUCUCCUAGUUAGUUAAUUAGCAUCGCGACAGAGCUAGCCAUGGCCUUAAAAUCUGUCCUUUUUGUUUGCCUCUUGGUUGCUACAAUAGCAGCCCCAAUUGCCAAUGCACAACUUGGACUUAUCGGCAGUCUCCUUGGUUUGAUCCGCGUCCAAGGGACCCUCUUUUGCACUUUGAAUGGCGCUAUGGGUGUCAAUGGCACUGCAACCCCAGUUUUUCCUAAUGCAUUGGUGCAAAUGCAGUGUGGAGCUGGAAAUGUGGUUGCUAGUGCAACCACCAAUGGGGCUGGACUAUUUUCUAUCCUCUUGGACCCCCUUCAGUUUGUUCUGUCUUCGCUACUCACCAACUGCAAAUUAGUAGUCAACACGCCGCUGUCCACCUGCAACGUGAGCCUGCCAUCGGUGGGGGGUCUCCAAUCGGCUUUACAGCUCGUUGGGAACACCGUUCAAGGUCUCCUCAGUAUCGCCAACGUUAUCCCGGCCGGAUUCCAAUUCCUUCCUAGCCUUCCUUGAUGCAUUAAAGGCUUGAUUUCAUAUAUAUAUAUAUAUAUAUAUAUAUAUAUAUAUGUAGUUUGAUAUAUUGUCCAUGAAUAAGGUCAAUUGUAUUAUGGAUCAGUACUGUCUUAACUAUAUAUGUAUCUUUGCAAGUUUAUGUUUGAACUUUGAAGUUCUCUAUCCAUAAAUAUUGAAAAGUUGUAAUAACAAGCUUGUGUAACGACUCUUGGUCACUAAUAAAA